CACGAUGUUGCCUUGGAAACCCACUAAAACGGGCAAACAUUCCACUUUACACAACAAAUGCAAAUCUUCCAUUGUGAAAGUUUCCACGUUGACUAAAUAAAUUGAAAUUAAUUUAAAAAAAAUCGAAUAAUGAGCGGUCGUCAAGCUCAACGCCGAAAGAAGCAAGCGAAGGGCAAACGGCUAAAGAACCAAACGCAAACCAGUCGCACAAAGUCCAAGCGUCGCAAAUCGCGACCCAGCCGCGAGUACCAGGACAACGAGCGUGAGGUGCAACUGCUGCUGGAAAACACAAGUCUUUCGAUCGACAGCAGCCCGCAAUCCCGUCACGCAGAUGAGCUAGUACGUAGUUUGGACUUCUUUUGCCGCAACAAUGAGGAGGAGUUGAUACAAACAGCGAGCUCUGCAACGCGUAAGUUGAAAUUGAAACGAGAGCACAUCCAGCGGCAAAGGGAUAGUUAUGAAGGAAGUAUUGAUGAAAAUGCUGAGGAGGCGGAAGAGGACGCAUCGCAGGAUGACCUAACAGGCGCCGAUACGCAGGACGAUGAUUCCUCCAGCGGCAGCGAGCACACCGCCUCAGCUGCAUCUACGCAGCAACGUGAACACACCGCUUCUACAUAUAUACAAGUGGAUGAAGAUGUGCUAGUACGACUGCGUGCGGCUGACAAAUUUAUGCAAGACACUACGUUGCUUUUCAAACCUGGCACCACUCUCAUGCCGGAUAUCGCCUUGGCUGCACGUACCGCUGAAGAUGCUGGUAAGCUAAAGUCAUUGCGCGCCAACACAUGUCGCAUGCUCAACCGUUAUCAAGCAGAGCGGCGCGCAAGAGAUGAGCCGGUGUGCAAAGAGUUAGUGGAACAGCUCAAGCGCGUACAAUCGGGCGCGUCGCUUUAUAUGAAAGACCGAACGCUCUAUCGCAGCUUUUGCACCCACAAAUUUCAUCCGAUCUUCUGCGAACCAACGCGACAACCGGACGAGAUACCCACACGCAAAUUCGUGCGCAUAUACUUGAAGGAGCUGCUCUUCACCGCGCAUCCACAUUUGCUGGAAGAACACCGUAUCUCAAAUGAGCUGGAGGAGCUUUACGAGCAGUAUGCGCAUCGCCAGCAGGAGCGUGUUUGUGAGAAACUGCGCGCACAGCUGCAAACGGAGCGCCGUGUAGUAAAUGAGCUGCUGCAGCGCGAGGCGAACAGCAGCGCUGAGCUAGAGUUGGCGAGCACAAAAGAGCGGCGUGCGCGCAAACUCGAGCAGCAGCUGCACGGUGUGCGUGUGCUACGCAAUACGCUCUAUGCGGAAGAGGCGCGUUCCAAGCGGCUACUAAAAGAUAUACUCGACAUUUGGGUGCGGUUGAAGCAGCUACGGAAAACGCAGGCGUAUCAGUGCACGCGCUUCAAGCUGCGCAUCAGAGUGGAGGAAGAUGCAACCAAUGCGGCGGCGGAAAGUCAUCGCUGGGCGGAACGUUUCGAAACGGAUUUGAAUGAGAUUUAUCGCGAAGAGUUGGAGAUUUACUAUCGCGCCAAGCGACUGUGGAAGUCGCGCGAUCGCAAGGCGGACUUGGCAGAGCUUCCGGUGAAGCCACGCAAACCGGACAUCACGCAGCUAUCCACGGAACUGCGCGCCAAGCUGGCCGAGUGCUUGUGCGUGCCGGGCGAACCCAAGAUCCAUGUGCAACUACAUCGCGUCUGCAAUGAGGAGUUCUACAAUCUGCCUGGGCUGCGGCGUCUAAAAAGUUUCUUUAUGAAAAUAUAUUUCGAUGGCGAGUUUGUUAGCGCAACGCGGAGCUAUCGCAUCGAACCCGAUUUACGGCUACCAAUAAACGAGGUGUUUGGCGUGUUUCUGGAGCGUCGUAUGCCAAGAGACAUACGCGUAGCGCUCUACGAAAAGUUCCGGCUGCAUGCGGCGCGCAAAGUUGUUGACAUCCAAGUGCCAGUACCGCACGCGCUGCAGACUGCUGACACGGAGGAGCAACGCGUCACAUUUGAGACGCAAAAACUGCCUAAGGUUAGCGGUCGCCUCACUAUACGUUUCCAAUGCGAGGAGCAGACGGAUUUCGGUGCUCGCUGGCAUGUGCCAAGCAUUACAACCGCCGCCGAGUCGCUAACAAGCUCACCUUCAAUUCGAGCACGUGCACGAAAAUUGCAAGUGGAACAGUUGUUUGCGGAGUUUGACGAAAAUGUUUCACAUGUCGAUGAAGACGAGACGACAACUGAAGCAGCAGAGCCCACAGAAAGGUCACUAACCGAGCCAAUUCGCACCUGCACGUUUGAAGAGGAACUCCUACAAUUCUGCGCCGUUGGAGAGUUAGAAAACAAUCGGCGCUACAAGCUGCUACGUUCGCGUUAUUUGAAAAAUGAUGCACGCACGCGUGACCUGCGCUUCAUAGCACCGCUCGACAAUGAGCUCGAAUUCGAUUGGCCCGACAAGGAGGAAGCGGUCAUUGAAGCAGGCGAUUGGAUGGAUGCGAUCGACUUGCACAAGCAUGAGGGCAAGAAAUAUCUGAAGGAACUUUAUGAAGUGAUACGUAGCCAGUGCGCACGUUUGAGCACAGCAGCUGCGAGUGUGGAACAACUACUGAUCGGAGAUGUGCCGGCCAGUUGGAGCACUUUCUUCCAAGCUUUAAGUUUAAUUUUCAACCCGAAACGUACACUAAGAGCGCCACUGAGCCAACAACCGGUCGUAACGCAUGCGCUAUCAUUGGAUAUGAAUGCUUGCCAAAACUUCAGGAUCGUUUUGAAUGUUGUGCGCGCCACUGGGAUACCGGUGCGCAUGCCGAGCUCAGCGGAUAGCGAGAGUAAAGAGCGCAGUAACGAAAGCCCAAAUAUGUUCGUGAGUCAACUUUAUAAAUACUCCAACGUCCGACCUUUCAUCGCUUUGAGAUACAAUGACAAGUUUUGUCGCUCGCUAACUGUCGAGGGCUCGAAUCCGACAUGGAAUGAACAGCUUAUUUUAGAGUUAAGCGGUAGCUUAGCUGAUCUGCGCGAUGAUCUCAAGAUUUCACUUUUCGACGAAGUGGUCGAGAACCACGUUAACGAGGAUCUUAGCGUGCGCAAUAUGGAUAUUUAUCAGCGCAUACAAACCAAUUGGUUGGGUGAAUAUCGUUUUCCGAUCCACGCAUUGCUGUCGCAGCAAAAGGUUUGCAGAAUGUCUCACACGCAGUUCGAUUCCCAACUCGCUGCCAUUUAUUUUAUUUUUCUCGGUUUCCAGCUUGAGGGUGUGCUCGAACUCAAUACCCCCAAAGUGCUGCUCGGCUACAAACAACCCACGUUGGAACACAUCACUUCGCAAGCUGACGUCAAUAUAACCAUCGAGCAAUUCCCCGAAAUCAAAGAAACCGUACGCCUCUGGUACUACAUGAGCAUUGAGCCGCAUGUAACGCUGCCGCGUCUAAAUACCGCUUGCCUCGAAUGCGCCGAACUGAAAGAGGUGCGUCGUCAGCUGCAACAAUGGUGCCUACAAGUGCAGGAGCUGCGUCCACAACGUUACAUCGAACCGCUGGUUUGCACAGCCAAGGGUAAGCGUGUAUGCCUGACGCGUCUCCUAGAGCCAGUACCACUGCCGCUGGAGACGAGCGAACAUCAAUUGGAGCUGGUCUGCCGUUUUGUCGCGCAGCUGAAUGUGUUGAAGGGGUUCGAUCCUUGUGCAUCCUUCGAAGGUAUUUGGCUAAACAAUCAGUGUGUACUGGAUACCAAUUGGGGUACGGUGAAGGAUUUGGGUGUGCUGCUGUGUAAUUUCCUGCUCAGCAUUGGUUUGAGUUGCUGGUUGGUGCUUGGCUUUGCGGCAGCGUAUGGCGAAUGUGCUUUUGUUUUGUUUAGAAGUGAGGAGGGUGAGCUGCUACUGAUCGAUCCGUACACUGCCAAGCGUUAUGGCACACGUGAUGCCUUUUGUCCGCUUUAUAAGAUAUGCCUUGUGGUGGCGCAGGACAAUUUAUAUUGCAACAUACAGGCUGAAUCACGCGUGACAAUGACAAAUUUUAAUUUCAACGAUGCAUCCUUUUGGCUGCCAGCCUUCAGUAAACGCAACCCUGCUCCUUUAGGUGGCGUACAAAAGUUGAACUAUAGCUAUCAGCUUAGCUGCAAUACUUUUGAAUUGAAGCGCAAUAUUGAGCGCAAAGUAAUGAAGAAAAUAAAUUCGUGGCGCGCAAUGCGUAAGACCAUUUGGAAUCGCGCUUUUCAGCCACGUCUUCAAAGCAUUCUUCAGAACUUGGAGCAGUUUUGUACUUCCGGUAAUGGUUCAUACGCGGAGGCCAAAUAUGCAGAUCAAAUAGCAGCCGAGUUCCCUAAUUAUAAGAUCUACGGUUAUGCGCUCAACUUUCCCUACACAAAUUUAACAUCAAUUUCGGAGCGUAUCAAGUCCACUGGCAUACAUUUGAAUACAGAUAAACGUGUCGAAUUUUGUUUGGCAACACACAUCCACAUUUAUCCCAACGAUGUGCUCUCAGUGUGGAUAUUUCUCAUAUCGGUAAUACCAAAUCGGUUUUAAUAGAAAUAAGAACAAUAUUUUGCGUGUCAAUAUAUGAAAGAUUUGCAGAGAGCUGACUGCAGGCCUGCAAAUAUAAUUUUAUCUAUUUUUCCGUGAAAAAAAAAUGGUUCGCUGUUACUGAUAAAGGGUUUCCUAAUAAAAUAGUG